CUGUGAUUCAUCAGUGUGUUGUUCAUGGAUCUGCGAGUCCGGCUGAACACAUGAGCAGGGACCCAGAGCACAAACCUGCCCGGAGAAACGCGCUUAUACCCGGGAUACAGCGGCCCUGCGCCCCGUGGAGACUCCCAGCUCCUCCAGAACCUCCAGCCCCCGACUGCAGAGAUUCUACACCCUGUUAACCUGCUUUCACUCAGGUCCUCCUCCCGCUGCUGCCAUGUCCACAGAGAAACCUAACAUCCCCGAGGAGAACCUGCAAGGAUCCUGGGUGGAGCUGCACUUCAAUAACGGAGCAGGUGGAGCUCCUAAAGCAGCGGUGGAGGAUCAGGCCGCCGGCGCCGCCCCCAGCGGAGGAGAUAUGGAGAAGAUGCUGCUGGAUGCUCAGCAUGAGUCUGGGAGGAGCAGCUCCAGAGGAAGUCUGCCCUGUGAUAGUCCUCCAAGAUCCCAGACUCCUUUGCACUUGUGCAGAGGCUCAGAUGUUCACAGCUCAGGAGAAAAGAACAGCUCACAGUCUGAUGAGGACUACCAGGAGAGGAGGAGAGAGGUAGACAUCCUGAUGAAGAAAAAUGCAGACUGGAUAUGGGACUGGUCCAGCCGACUGGAAAACAUACCACCCAAAGAGUUCUUACUGAAGCAGCCCAAACGCUCCAGCACCCUGAGCAUCAGGAACACCAGCGUCAUGAAGAAGGGGGGAAUCUUCUCCGCCGAGUUCCUCAAAGUCUUCCUGCCGUCUCUCGUCAUCUCCCACAUCCUCGCUGUGGGGCUGGGAGUGUACAUCGGACGGCGUAUCCCGACGUCUCACGGCACGCUCUGAAAAACGGGAGACGCACGUUCACGUAUAUAUAUUUAUGCACCUUCACCAUCUCUGCUGCUUCGUCUUCAGUCCGUGUUUCAGUAGAUACAGAUAGGUCGGGAUCACGUGACCCGCGUGCCGCCCUGCCGAUGUUCCCCCUCACGUUUCCUCUGGAUCUAUCCCAUAAUUCCUCCUGGAGCCGCUGCUGAAGCUCAGACUGCUGCAUUAUUAUAUGAGGGUUGCCAGAUUGGGGUUUUUUGGGCGGCGGCUGAGUAGCGUUGAUCUGCUCCACUUUCAUCCUCCCGUCCUUUUAUCCUUUAUUGUGCAGAAAUAUAAAUAUAGACUUUAUUUAAAAAAAAAAGGAACAUGGAUAAUGUGACCAGACCACAGACGUGAGAAUCUGAGGCGUGAGACAGAGAGACGGAGUAAAUAAGGAGUAGAGUAGAAACUUAGACUAAGACUCUAUAGGAGGAUAUUUAACAGAGCUGGAUGGAUCAGUAAGAAAAACUAAAAGUGAGAAUGAUCUGAAGUGAGUGUUUAUUACUUCACAUGAGCUUUAAGGAAUAUUCCAGUGUUUUUUUGGUGUAAACACCUAUCUAUAAGUCCUUAUUAGAGUUUGUUAAGGCAAUAAUUCAGUUUAAAAUGUGGAACUCAUAUAUUAUGCUAUAAUAUAAAUAUAUUACACACAGAGUGAUCUGUUUUAAGUGUAAUUGUAGUUCUUUUACUAACUACACUUAAAAAAGGCCAAAUAAUUAUCAUUAAUAAGUGAAAAUAAGCUACAGAUGUAUAAAUUAGGUUGAAAAAUGCUGGAAUAUUCCUGUUAAAAAGCUCUAUUCUCUUCAAAAUAGUGUUCAGUGUUUCAGGUUACAACUCUUCAACACUUUCUGUCUGAAAGCGUUUAGAGCGUUCAUGGUCUUCGUCUCUUCGAGGAUGUGAUGAUCUGACUGAUGGUCAGUUUUUAACCGUCCACACAGAAAUAAACUGUAUACGCACAUUAAACAGCUGGUUAUAGAUCAGCACUCAUACUUGAGAGUAGAGGUGGGUUGUCCAUGUACAGAAGGUAAAAAAAUUAUAAAAAUAAAUCCCAGGAUUUUGUCAACAGACUACAAACUGGAUAGCUAGUAGCAAGUCUCUUGGUCACUUGGCGGCCAUGUUUGUAAAGCCUAUAGGCAGUUAUCUCCAGUUAUAUGAGACCAGCCUCCCAUCUCUAUGAACAAGGAGAUACAAAUUAUCGUUUCAACAACAUAUUUUAAAUCAAUGAAAAAAAGAUUGUAUCGUUUGUCUCAAUAAUGCAAAAAAACAUAAAAAAACAUGAUUUAUUUAGCUUGUUAUGGCUGCUGCGAUUGCGCAGAUCUCCAUAAUGAAAGGGCCUUUCCCAAUAGAACGUUGACCGUCCUUCGCUUUUGGCAAAACCAGCAAUUUGAUUGGCUCUUUUUGUUAGAAGGGCAGGAAGGACUUCAUCUGUAAACAGACGCCAUGUUGAGCAUUAAAAGAACUCUUAUUAAUGAUAAGCAAGUCAGUUCACUUGGCGGCGAUCUUUGUAAUGUAAUUUAAUUUAAUGUAAAUUAUCUCCAGUCAGAAGGUCUAAUUAUCGUUUCAUCAUCAUAUUUUAAAUCAAUGAUAGAAAUUAAUGAAAAUGAGUUUGUAUCGUUUGUCUCAAUAAUGCAUAAAAACUCCCCAAAAACAUGAUUUAUUUGGCUUGUUAUGGCUGCUUCGAUUGCGCAGAUCUCCAUAGCGAAGGGGGCUUUUUUUUACUAGAACGUUGAUCGUCCUUCGUUUUAAGCACAACCAGCAAUUUGAUUGGCUCUUUAAGUUAAAGGGCAGGACUUCAUCUGUAAACAGAUGCCAUGUUGAGCAUUACAAGAACUCUCAUUAAUGAUGUCUCGUAUUAUAGGCCAGUAAGUUCUCAAAAACUCCCCAAAAACAUGAUUUAUUUGGCUUGUUAUGGCUGCUGCAAUUAUGCAGAUCUCCACAUUCCCCUCAUUAAUGACACCUCUGCUUAUAGGCAAGUCCGUUCACUUGGCAUGGCAGCCAUCUUUGCAACGUCACUCGACACUUAUAUAACUUCUAGUUAUAAAAGACCACACUUUCAUCACUUAAAACAGGGAGGGACUUAAAUAAUACUGGAAACUGAAGUUUAGAUGACAUUGUUUGGCUCAAAAAUGCACAAAAACCUGAUUUUUCAGCUUGUUUUUGCUACUGCGCUUACGCAGAUCUCCAAAUCUCCUUGUUAAUAACAUUAAUAACUUUACAUUAAACCAUCCAGGUAGAACAAAAUCUUGGGAUUAUUUUUUAUUAUAUUUUGUACUUCUAGACCUGGAUAACACUCCUUCAACCACAUUUCAGUUCCUGAAAUGGAUUCAGCAGAUAUCGAACGAGGUUAACAGACAGUUUUAAGUGAGAUCGAUUAAGCUGUAUUAGAAACAUGAUUAUCAUUAUUAUGAUAGUAUAUAGAUCAUAUCAGAAUCAAUAGGUUAUUCUGGUUAUUCAAACUUGUAUUCCAGUAGACUAGUAGAUUUAGAUUUAGACUUUAGAUUUUAGCUUUACAAAAAAACUGAAAAUGUAACACUAUCUCCACCAAAUGCUUUAGACAUGUGAUUGUGAAACUGCAAGUCUACAGGACAGACUGUUUUUGUUGUGACUUUUUUCUCAGGUAAGCAAAUCGUAAGAUGUUAAGGUGUAUCGUUACCUGACACACACUCUACUAGUGCAUCUCAAAAAAUAUAAAGAAUAUCUUUGAAACGUUACUGUAUUUCAGUAAUUCAGUUUAAAAUGUGAUAUAUUAUAAAACUCCUAUAAUAUAUUAUAUAGCUGUUAUGCACACAGAGUGAUCUAUUUUUAGUGUUUAUUUUUUCUUUUUUAUUGUUGAUGAUUAUGAAGCUUACAGCCAAUGAAAACCCCAAAAAUCAGAGCUCAGAAAAUUUAUAAGACCAAUUGGUACUUUUGUCAGUGUGUUCUGCUGGAAAAUGAAAUCUGCAUCUCCAUAAAAGUUUUUUUCAGCAGAGGGAAGCUGUAAGAUAUGAAGUGCUGUAAGAUUUUGUGGGAAAACAAAACUGCACUGACUUUAGACUUGAUAAUAAAACACAGUGGAUCAACACCAGCAGAUGACAGACAUGUCUCUCCAAACAAACCAUCACUGAUUGGUGGAAACUUCACACAAGACCUCGAGCAGUUCGGACUGUGUGUCUCUUCACUCUUCCUCCAGACUCUGCUACCUUGAUUUCCUUCAAAUGAAAUAUAAAAUUUACUGAUGCUAAAAGAUGCAUUUCAUUUUCCAGCAGGACUUGGCACACUGCCAAAAGUACCAACAAGUACCAAUUGGUCUUAUAUGAUAUUCUAAUUUUAUGAGACACUGAUUUUUGGGUUUUCAUUGGCUGUAAACCAUAAUCAUCAACAAUAAAAUAAAAAAUAAACAUUUGAAAUAGAUAACUCUGUGUUUAAUAUAUAUAUAUAUAUAUACAUAUAUAUAUAUAUAUAUAUAUAUAUAUAUAUAUAUAUAUAUAUAUAUAUAUAUAUAUAUAUAUAUAAUAUGAGUUUCUCAUUUUAAACUGAACUAAUGUAUAAUAAAGUAACUUUUUUAAUGAUAUUCUAAUUUUUUGAGAUGCACUAGUACUGUAUAUAUAUAUAUAUAUAUAUAUAUAUAUAUAUAUAUAUAUAUAUAUAUAUGUAUAUAUAUACAGGGUAGGACUGCACAGGUACCAAAAACGCUUGUUCUCAGUGAAAGGACUGCAACAGUGUUCAAUAAUGCAAAAUAAUGCAAAAUGUAACCCAUGUUGUGAAAAAAAAAUAUUUUUUUUUCUGUUAAAAGAAAAAGAAAAAACAAGAAACUAAACCCUAAUUGUCUUUGCACAAAAGCUGCACUAAAGCAGCCUUACUUUUUUUUUUUUUUUCUCAAUGGAAAGAAUUUAAAAGGGAUUUUCACUUUAUUUUUUUAGAGGAUUUUUGCUUAAUUACAUGCUAUCAAGUGUGUUAAACCUCACUCACAAGAUAACACCUCACAACUUACACAGGUGUUGUGUAUAUAUAAGAGCCCCUGGCCCCAUCAUCACUGCUCUAAAGUACUGAUUUUAUUAAACCCAUGCUAUUGAGUCCCUUUUAAUGAGAAAAUGAGUAAAGUUCCCCUUUACAAGUUUGCCUUAUAUUAAACUGAAUUAAAGAUCUCGUGAUCUUUUCUGGAUCUUCUCUGGAAUCUUCUGAAGCUCAAAAACUUCAUCUUUAAACUAAAUGCAGUUGUUAGAUUGCCUUUAGCUGCUGCUGUGAUGAUGAUGAUGAUGAUGAUGAUGAUGAUGAUGAUGACUGUUCACUGGAAUAAGGCAAGGAGAUAAAAAGGGAAUCCCUGUGUGAUUAUUAAUUUUAUAAUUAUUAUUAUUUUUUGUGCAUGUUUUUUUUUAGUGUGUAGAAAAUGUUCAGUGUUUAUGUGGCAGUUCUGGUUUUGUAUUAAAAGUGGGAAUCAAAUAAAUAAAUGAAUAAAUAAAUACAUAAAUAAAUAAAAUAAAUACACAAA